AUGUGCUUCAUGGCAGGGACGUGGACAAGAAUGGGGAUGACGUGGGGCCGUUCCGAGUGUGGAUGGAAGACGGGUCCCAUGCUGGGCCUGGCCAUGAGUCGCAGCUUCGGGGAUAAACUCGCACACACUGUUGGGGUCACUGCCACUCCUGACUAUCUUAAUGCACGAUGUGGUCCCAUGCUGGGGCUAGCCAUGAGUCGCAGCCUCAGGGAUAAACACGCAAACACUGUGGAGGUCACUGCCACUCCUGAGGUGGUCGUGCGUCGUCUAGACCAAUCAGACGCCUUCCUGGUGCUGGGGUCUGACGGCCUGUGGGAGUAUGUGGGGGAUGACGAGGCGAUAGGGGUGGUGGUGGCGGCGGGGAGCAUAGAGGCGGGAGUGAAAGCGCUGCUGGCCUUGGCCAAGGAGCGGUGGCUGACCAAAGAUGGGGCGGGGUAUGUUGAUGAUAUCACUGCUCUGGUCGUGGGGUUCACACACAGGAAGGUAUAG